AUGUACUACAACAACCAGCAGGGGGGACUGCCCAAAACAACCACAGCGGCGUCCCACACACAACCACAGCUGAUGUUACCAGACACCCACAACGCGUCUCCCCACAACAACCCCUAUGCUCCCACAAUAACAACACAGCUGAUGGCGGUCUCCCACUACAACCACAGCGGCUCCCACAACCAAACCACAGCAGCUCCGCACCAACAACCACAGCGGGACUCCCACAACAACCACCGCUUAUCCCAUAAACCCAGGGCUGCCCACAACAACCACAGCGACUCCACAAACAACCACAGCGGGCGCCCACAACAAACCAACUGGGGUCUCCCACUACAAUGCCACAGCAGCGUCCACAGUACAACACAGGCCGAUGCCCACUACAACCCACAGCGGCUCCCACCAACAACCCACCAGCGACUCCCACAACACCACAGCGCUCCCACAAACAACCACAGUGAUGUUACAACAACCAAGCGUCUCCCACAACAACCAGCGGUUGCCACAACAAUCACAGCUACCCCAAUACAACCACAGAGGCUCCACAACAACCACCAAUCGACUCCCACAACAACCCACAGCGGCGCCCAACCAACCACUGGUCUCCACUACAACCACAGCGUCUCCACAUACACCACAGCGGCUCCCACUACAACCACCCAGCGGCUCCACGACAACCACACGGCUCCCACUACAACCACAGCGUCUCCCCACACGAUCCACAGCGUCCUCCACAACAACGCACAGCUUACCCAAUACAACCCACAGAGGCGUCCCACAACACACCACAGCGACUCCCACACCAGACCAACAGCUGAUGUGAUCAACAAACCACAGCGUCUUCCCACAAAACACAACCCAGCUGCUCCCACCAUCCAACCGACAGCUGAUCGGACUCCCACAAACAACGCAACGACGGUCCCACCAAACAACACAGCGCGCUCCCACUACAACCACAGAGGCUCCCACGUACAACAACAGCGGUCCCCACUACAAACAAUAGCGGCUCCAUACGACCACAGCGGCAACCACAACGACCACACCGGCUCCCACUACAACCACAGCGGGCUCCCACUACAAACCACAGCAAGCUCCAACUUCAACCACAGCGGCUCCCACUACAAACCACACGGCUCCGACAACAACAGCGGACUCCCACAAACAACCAACAGCAGCUCCCACAUACAACCACAGCGAGCUCCCCACAACCAAUCACAGCUGAGUCGCUCCCACAAACAACCACAGCGGCUUCCCACAACAAUCACAGCUUACCCCAAUACAACCACAGAAGCUCCCACAACAACCACAGCGACUCCCACAACAACCACAGCGGCUCCCACAACAACCACUGGGUCUCCCACUACAACCACAGCGGCUCCCACUACAACAACCACAGCUGCCCAUUUUACAACCACAGCAGUACCAACUUCAACCACCGCAGUACCAACGUCAACAACAGCGGCUGCCACUACAACCCCAGCUUCUCCAUCGACAACCACAGUUGCUGCAACGACCAUCAAAGUCACCCCCACAACAACUCCAGUGUCUACCACAAUAACCACAACAACUGCCACAACACUCACAGCUUUUCCCACAACAACCACAACCGCCCACACAAAAACCACAGCUUAUCCCACUUUAACCACUGCUGCAACCACAAGAACCGCAGCAGCAACAACAACUACAGCUCCUGCUCCCACAACAACAGUUUCUCACUCAACAAUUAGAGCUGCCCCCACAUCAACUACAGCUGCUGCUACAAUAACAAUAGUUUCUCCCACUAAUACCACCACAACAACAAGAACUUUUGCAACAAGAACAACAACAGCUGCUCUAACUACCAACACAGCUGGAGCUACCACAACUACAUCUAACUCCACAACAACAACAGCCCCACCUACAGCAACCACAGCUGCACCAACAGCAACAGUAACAAUAUCCCCAGCUGCUGCUAUGACAACAACAGCUACCCCCACAUCAACUGCAGCUGCCCAUUCAACAACCACAGCAGUACCAACGUUAACCACAGUGGCUCUCACAACAACCACAGCUGCUCCCACAACAACCACUUCUGCUCCCACAACAACCACAGCAGCACUAUUGACAUCUACAGCUGUGUAUUCAACAACCACAGUCAUCCCCACAACAACUUCAGCUACACCAAUAACAACCACAGCUGAUGCCACAACAAUCACAAUUUUACCCAUAACAACCACAGCCACCCACACAAAAAACCCAGCUUAUCCCAACUUAACCACAAAAACCACAGCAGCAGCAACUACAACUACAGCUCCAGUUACAAAAACAGUAGCUCCCACAACAACAGUGGCUCACUCAAAAACCACAGUUGCCCCUACAACUAUCCCUGCUGCAGCCACAGCACCAGGUGCUGCUACAGCGACCACAGUUGCUCCCACAAUGACCACAGCUUCACCAUCAACAACUCUUGCUUCAACAACUACUGUUUCCCCAACCACCGCAUCCACUGACCCUCCAAGAGCAAAUGAAGGUGUACUUAUUCUACAGUUCCGGAUGAAUCGACAAUUUUUGGAAGCCUACAAAAAUCCACAGUCCCAGGAUUACAUUACUUUGGCUUUAAAUGUCACAACUGAGUUGAAUCGAGGAUACAAAAAGGUAUAUCCUGGAAUCUUCCUCAGAUGCAUCAUCAUCAGUUUCUGGUCUGGUUCUGUGGGUUCGACAACCAACUUGAUCUUCAAAAAUGAGUCAGUUGUCCCUCACAUUAUGAAUGCAGAAGAAUCCCUCAAGACAUCCAUCAACACGUCCACAGUCUUCUUAGAUGUUAUUACUGACAGUAUCAAAGCGGAAUUCCAGAAUUCCACGACUACUACUACUGCAACCUUCACAACAGCAGCUACACAAACUACAGUGGCUGCACAUACCUGUAGCAGCGCUAUGGCAAGAAACAGACCUCAAGAAGUGGUCACUUUACUACUUGUUUUAAUGUUGAUCUAUUUCUUCUUAACAGAAUAACUCUAGGACUCAAUUAAACCCAUUAAGUAUAACAUAUUCUAUGAUAAAGGCAUAUAUAACUUCAGCUAUUAAGAUUAAGAUAUGUUAAGAAACGACUAAUAAUCAAAUAGUAAUAUCUUAGUUAAUGUAAUUGCUUAUCUAUAUGAUUAUGUAUACAACUGUUUGUCUAAUUUAUUUUUAUAAAAUGUACCUCAAGAGAAAAUAAUUCACAAAAUAAUGCUGGUAAUGGAAGCUGAAAGUAAAUGUGGGAUGUUUUUCUAUUUAUAUGUUGUUUUA